UUUUUUUCAAUGUUAUUCAUGUGCACAAUACUACAGCGACUCUCCCUUUGUUACAUAAUAGUAUUCUUAUCUGCAUUUGUGUGACAUAAUAAAAUAAAUAAAUAGAAAAGAUUUUGCAUUAUUCAAGUGGUGGUGUGGAAAAGCUCUCUUACCCACCUCUCUAGUCUCUGCACAUUGCACAGUCACUUCUCUUUUUCUUUAUUUUCUUUAUUUAUUUUAUUCACUUUUUGUGACACUACAAAUUGGCAUCACCUCCCUCUCAUUAUCCUUCAUGCUUAUUUCCAAAAACAUCUCUCUGCUUCUUUAGUUUCACAUCUCACACAAGUCUUUGCUCUCUCUUAACAGUUUUUCUUCUAUCAUCUUUAAACUAUGGGAACUGUUGUGUAUCAACAAGGGUUUCAGUCUCAGCUUAAUGAGCCUAGGGCUUUAAGGCUUAGGCUAUCUUCACCAAAUCCUCACUUUUCUCAACCAUUUGGUUUAGCUCUCAAAUCUCAUUUACUUGACUCCUCUCAUGCAGAGGACACCCGAAACCGUAACGAUGACAAAGCUGCUGCUUCCCCGGUCUCUGACUCGAGUGGCUGGAGCUCUCUCCAGUCCCUAUCCUCUGGCUCCUCCUCCUCCACAAAGACGACGACAAGCUCUGAGAAAGAGAGUAGUUACUAUGUUCAACGUCCGUCUUCUUGUAGAGCUCUAAGCGACCAGAGCUUAGCAUUGUGCACUGAGAAUCUCGGAAGCGAAUCUGGUUCUGAUGUUACAGAUAUUGAUGAGUUGUUCUCGCUUGACGUGCAAACCAAGAAUCUCGGGGAAACAACAACGGAGACAAGAACGUUAAAAAGUAGGAAAAGGAGUGUGAGCCCUAGUGAUCUCCCACCUCCUUUGACCACUAUGAGAGGAUUUCAAUGCAUUCAAAUGAGACCACACCGUGAAAACGGAAGAUUGGUCAUGACCGCCACAAACGCGCCUCCUCGUAACGGAUGCUUUCAAGCUGACCGUAGCAAUGGUCGUCUCCGUCUCUCUAUCUUGAAAGACUCCAAUGAGUUUGUAGAGAACGAAGAAGAGACUAUUGAGCCUGAAGAAACCGAAGAAUACGAGGAGGAGGAGGAAGAGGAAGAAGAUGAAGAUGAAGAUGAAGUGAUGGGCAUUGAGAAUGUUCAAGUAUCAAGAAGAUGUGUUCAAGGCGAUCGGGAAAACAGGGGAUUGCUAAAUUGGGAAUCUUUCUGCGUUGCUACUUCCUAAAAGAGAGAAACUUCUUAUUUUGCUCUGUAUUUACAAUUUCACAAUUUUUCUCCGAUGUGUUUGAUUGUUUUUAAUAGAAAAAUCAUCGUUUCCUAA